UUCCCAUUAAUUUAUGUUUAUUCUAUUUCCUUGCCCUCACUUCUUUCAAUACAGAGUUAUUUAGUUGGCUUCUGUUUGAAGUGAGGGUGUAGGUUUUCGGUGUUUCGCUACCUAAAAUGGGAUUGAUUUCCCACAUUCAAAUUGACUUUUAGUCACCUUUUAAAUCGGUUUUCAUGCCACUCAAAUCAGCUCACGCUAAGGCUCUCAUGCCACACUCAAAUCGGCUUUCAUGCCACUCAAAUCGGCUUUCAUGCCACUUAAAUCGGCUUUUAUGCCACUCAAAUCAGCUCACGCUAAGGCUCUCAUGCCACACUCAAAUCGGCUUUCAUGCCACUCAAAUCAGCUUGGAGGUUUUUAAUAAAUUUUCCUCCAUUAUUUCAAAGUGUAGUAUUGUAAUUUUGUUGUAA